AUGGCCACCAACCACGAGGACCCCGCCGUACAGCUCCACGAAGAAUUCUCAGAGCGCGUCCCCAACAAGCACCACGAUGUUGCCGGCGGCUACAUCCAGCACCCAGACGCCGACGCCGACGCCGUCUCGGACGAGAAAAAGGACCUCGAGACGGGCCUGCCCACGGGCGACGGCGACGAGCCCACGGCCCACGAGCGCGCCACCCUGCGCCGCGUGGGCGAGUCUCUCCCGCCGUCGGCCUUUCUCAUUGCCUUUGUCGAGCUGACGGAGCGCUUCACCUACUACGGCGCGCAGGGCCUCUUUCAAAACUACAUUAGCCACGACAAGCACGGCGCCGACGGCGCGCCCGGCCUCGGCAUGGGCCACCAGGCCGCCACGGGCCUCAACCUCUUCUUCCAGUGGUUCUGCUACGUCACCCCCAUCCUCGGCGCCAUCAUCUCGGACCAGUACCUCGGCAAGUACAAGACGAUUCUCAUCUUUUGCGCCGUCUACUGGGUCGGCCUCGUCUUCCUCUGGGUCACCUCGCUGCCCUCCACCCGCGACGUCGCCGGCCUCCCCGGCUACAUUGUCGCCAUCAUCAUCAUCGGCCUCGGCACCGGCGGCAUCAAGUCCAACAUUGCGCCGCUCAUCGCCGACCAGUACCAGCGCCGCCGCAUGGCGCUCCGCACCGAGCCCACCGGCGAGCGCGUCAUCAUCGACCCGGCCAUUACCUACCAGCGCAUCUACAUGAUCUUUUACUGGUGCAUCAACAUUGGCGCCCUCUCCCUCAUGGCCACGCCCUUUAUGGAGCGCUUCGAGGGCUUCUGGACCGCCUUUCUCAUGUGCUUCAUCAUGUUCAACAUUGGCAUCUUUGUCCUCGUCAUCCGCCGCAAGUCCUACAUCAUCCGCCCCCCGCAGGGCUCCAUCAUCACCGACGCCCUCAAGGCCGUCGGCAUGAUGAUUGUCGGCCGCAGCACCGACGCCCCCAAGAAUGCGUGGCGCGCCGCCCACGGCAAGAGCCCCGUCUCCUGGAACGAUCACUUUGUCGACGAGCUCAAGCGCGCCCUCCGCGCCUGCAAGGUCUUCCUCCUCUACCCCAUUUUCUGGGUCUGCUACGGCCAAUUCUCGUCCAACUUUGUCACCCAGGCCGAGCAGAUGCAGGGCCACGGCAUGCCCAACGACUUUAUGCAGAAUUUCGACUCCCUCUCCAUCCUCGUCUUCACCCCCGUCCUCGAUCGCGUCCUCUACCCCAUCCUCCGCAAGUGCGGCAUCGAGCUGCGCCCCAUUGCUCGCAUCACCAUUGGCUUCUGGCUCGCCGCCCUCUGCCUCGCCUACGCCGCCAUUGUCCAGCACCUCAUCUACAGCGCCGGCCCCUGCUACAGCUUCCCCCGCGACGCCGACCAUUGCGCCGCCGCCGUGGGUCCCGACGGCAAGAUUGUCUCCAACAAUGUUCACAUUGCCGUCCAGACGCCCGCCUACGUCUUUAUUGGUCUCGCAGAAAUCUUCAUCUCCGUCACCGGUCUCGAGUACGCCUACACCAAGGCUCCUCCCAGCAUGAAGUCGUUUGUUCAGAGUAUCUACCUCUUUACCAAUGCUUUUGGCUCAGCCAUUUCCGAGGGCCUCGUUCCCGUCUCCAAGAACCCCAAGUUUGUCUGGAUGUACACUGGCGUAUCCGUCUCGUCAUUCAUCGCCGGUUGCGUCUGCUACGCUCUCUUCCGCCACUACGAUGCCCAGGAGGAGGACAUGUACGAUCUGGAUCGUGACGAGCCCGAGCUCCAAAUUGGCAACGAGUCUGAAGGUCUCCAGGCUGCCAAGGAGAGGCGCGCGGAGGGGCAGUAA